AAGAAGGGGAAGCGAGUUCGAGUCUGGUUUAAGCAGCAGACACAAGUUUUUUAUAUAACACAGUCUUCCCGCAUGGUCAGAGGGGGAGGAAGGUUGUGCCAAAGUAUAUACACAUUUUAUACAAGAAACUAGGUUCUUCUCUGCGAACGCGAGGAGCAGCUUCUUUUCAAAGCACAGCAGCCUCUGUGAUAACAGGGGGAAAAAAAAGUACAAGCCAACCAAACUGCUACAGUAUAAAAAGCCUUUUUCUUUACCCCUCAGUGCCCUCAAUAUAUAUAAACAAAAAACAAGAGAAAGCAUGGUGCAGCAAACGAACAACGCAGAGAACACGGAAGCAGUGCUUGCCGGAGAGUCGACCGACUCCGGUUCUUCAGAUCUGGGCAUUGCUUGUUCACCCGCGGCGGACUCGGUGGCAUCGGAUGGAGAGAAGACGGACGAGCCGAGCUGGUGUAAGACCGCCAGUGGUCACAUCAAAAGACCCAUGAACGCGUUUAUGGUCUGGUCGCAGAUCGAGAGGAGAAAAAUCAUGGAGCAGUCGCCGGACAUGCACAACGCUGAGAUCUCGAAGCGCUUGGGGAAGCGUUGGAAGUUACUGAAAGACAGUGAUAAGAUCCCUUUCAUCCGUGAAGCCGAAAGAUUGCGACUCAAGCACAUGGCGGACUAUCCAGAUUAUAAAUACAGACCGAGAAAGAAGGCAAAAAGUGCCAGCAGCAAACCCGGAGAGAAAGGCGAAAAGAUCAACACUAAACCCUCAGCUAAAAAGAGCAGUUGCAGCAAUAGUAGCAUUAGCAAACCCAGCAAAACGCACAAGAUCAUCCUGGGUGCGCUCAGCAAGUCUCCGAUCAUUCACCAGCAUCCGCAGUCAGGCACUACUAGCAUAAACACUACCAACCAACAUUCGGUUUACAAAGCGCGGACGAGCCCCGCUUCCAAGCACCUUGUAGAUAAGAAACUGAAAGAGAGGCGGUCGUUCAGGGGCCAGGGCACUACCUCUCCAGCCGCCGUGCCUGCCAGCCCGACCCUCAGUUCUUCAGCCGAGCCCAGCGACCCGGUCAGUUUCUAUGAAGAUCUGGUAAGUGGGAGCAGGGUGCGGGUCCCAGAUUCACCCAAAGACCAACGCAAGCACCCUGGCAAUUUGCGAUCCAUCUCGCCGACCCCCUCCACCUCCCACUCCAGCUCUUCGUCGUCUAUGGCCUCGUCUUCCGACGAAGAAUUUGAGGACGAUCUCAUGGACCUUAGUUCCAGCCCCACUUUCGAGAGCAUGACGCUGGGCAACUUGAGUUCGUCCCUGGAUCGAGAUUUGGAGUUUAAUUUUGAGCAGGAGUCCGCGUCUCACUUUGAGUUCCCAGACUACUGCACGCCAGAGGUGAGCGAAAUGAUUUCAGGCGACUGGCUGGAGUCGAGUAUUUCAAACCUAGUGUUCACGUAUUAGAAAGCGACAAGUGAAAGAAGCGAACUGUUGCUGUUUUAUCUUGGAGGGGGAGAAAAAGGGAUCGUGAAAUAACAUAAUUGUGAUCCAAGUGCUGUAAAACUGCGUGAUUCUAACGUUUGAUCGCAAGUCUUCAGCAAAAUGUAAGAAAAUGUGCCGACGUGUUUUAGGAGCGAUUGAGAUUCCAUUGAAAAUAAAAUGCCCAGUCUCGACUCUGGACUGAAAAGGAAAACCUGAAAUUGAUUUGCACGUACGGGAGGGAACGCGGGCUUCGCAUUAAGGCAGCAGGUUUAAAGCUCUGGCGGUGAAAUGAAAUCGCCAAAAUCAAAUUAUAUUGGUACAGACAAACACGCAAAGUCGGGAGAUCUACAUGCGAAGAGAGUGUUUCAUGAGAAGAAUGGUGGCGUUGGAUUACUGCAUUUCGCUGGGUUCAUACCAUGUUGUGCUGUAUCGUUCCAGAUUCUGUACAGACUUGAACACUUACUAGCGUUAGGGCGAAUCAAAUCAGAUAGAUGGCGCUCUGUAUGAUUCCAACCAAGUCACCAGCUCUUUUACCCCUUAUCACUUAACCCUACUCCAAUCUGCGCUGGACUGUAUUUUCUGGACCAAAAUUCCUUAAAAGUUCCAUGUUCCACAACAAUUUACAACAAACAUGAACUUCUUGUCACCGAUGUUUCAUCCUCGUAUUGUUUUGUUUCCCUUGUAAAUGCAACCAGAAACCAUUUUAUAUGGAUGUAUUUAUACUGGCCAAACAUUUUGACUUUUUUUCGUAGGCCUGUUAAUUACCUGCACCGUUUUAUCUCCUUCACUGAAGGGCUAGAGUUAAACUUUUAAUUUUAUAUUUAAAUGUAGACUUUGACACUUUUAAAACAAAAGACAGAGAAAGAUGAGACGUUUGAUUAUUUUCUCAGUGUAUUUUUGUAAAAAAUAUAAAGGGGGUGUUAAUCGGUGUUUAUUGCUGUUUGGAUUUCCUGAUUAUGAACAAAGAGGUCGAUGCCACAGCGAUGCCUCUUUUUUUUAAUUCCACAUGUUUACACUUCAAUGUGCAGGUUUUGUAGGCUGCGGUUACCUUCAUGUUGGGACUGUAUUUGAUGUUAAAACCUACACUGUCCCUUCCCGCCCACUGUAGCCUUUUUAAAAAAAGAAUGCCAACUUGAUAGUAUUUAAAAUGGAAACCCAUUUGAACGCUUUUACCCAGAAACUGAUGACCAUUCCUUUUAAAAUUUGUAAUGGCUGCAGUCAUCUUCCACGUAUAUAUAAAUAUUAGUAAAAUGUUAAGGGGAGUAGGUGAACCGUGAUUUUGUAAUUGUUACGAUGCUUCUGAAAUUCAGCACCAACACAAACAAAAAGGAUGCUGCAACUUCGCACCAAUUAUGUGGCGCUCCUUAAAUUGCGCUCAACUACUGGAUAUAAGAUGUUGAUUUGAGUCCGCGACACUAUGCUGCGUUUCUCAUGCUGUAAUAAUGAUAAUUAUUAUUAACUUGUCGGCUGAAUAUAUUGUUUUGGCAUGAAGCUAGCAUAUAUAAUUCCGAAAUCAGGUUUAGCUGUUGUGUCUUUUUUGAUGGGGGAGGGGUUUGCAAGAGAAGUGAGAACACCUUUGUACAUUUAAAUCUGUAUUAUAUAAAACACAAGGACUGUGUGUUUCUUCUAUGUGUCCAAACUACCGUGACAGGCACUAAGGUAGCAACCGCGAAAACAAAAAUCUUGGUAGCUGCCCGAUUGUUAGGGGUUCUUAAAAAAUCUUUUAUUUUAAUUAUUUUUAAUUUUUCAUCCAUCCUGUGCAAUAUACUGUGUAUAGUCUGUCAGAUGAUCAUGCCUCAACAAUUUUUUUAAAAGGUCAUGCCAGCUAAUCGUGUCAAGUCACUGCCUGUCAGAUUGUUGAUAUACUCUUGUAAAUAGUCUUUUUUUUCUGAGAGAGAAGGAAAUAAAAUCAGCUGGAACUGAACCCUAA